AUUUGCCGAAACCAUAGACACACCAAAAAAAAAAAGCUAGAAGGAAGACAACCAGUGGCAAGUGGCAACUAACCACCGCAUGCAGCGCAGCUUCAUGGCCCUAUGGGUCCUGGAUAUGGCGGAAAACAGGUGGAGGCCGUUGCAACUGCACACACAUCCAACUCCGGCUCCAUGCCGCUCCAACCCAAGCAGCCAGCAGCUGCAGCCUGCCCUCCUCUCCGACUCCAACCCAAUCCAAUGGCUCUCCGCCCCUGUUGUCUCACCUCACGCGCUCUCUGCCCUGAUCUGCCGCCAGGCGCCAGAACGACGCGCUGCUCCGCACCGCGUCAGGUAGAAUGGUAGAUGGACCAUGGACGAUAUCGCUUGGGAGCGGGGAAGGAACGCAGACGACUCUUCCCGUGCCGUGCUGACGCCACCACGCGGCCCCGGUCUCCUCUCGCCCUCCUCUCCGUCUGGAUCUGGUCCUAUCCCCUCCGCCGCCGUCCUUGCCCUCCCGGCCUCAGCCACGAGCCAGAGCGCCGGGCUCCUGGCCUCGUCUCGCCUCGCCGGCGACAUGGACGGAGGCGGGGAGACGCUGCUGGUGCGGAGGAGCAAGGGCAAGAAGAGACCGCAGCCGGCGGCGCCCGCGGAGGAGGGCUCCGGCAGCGGGGGCAGGUUCCGCGCGAUCUGGCGGGACUACCACGACCUGCUGCAGGAGACUGAGGCAAAGAGGAAGAGGCUGGCAAGCACGAAGCGGAGAAGCCUCGCCUUGCUUGCUGAAGUCAAGUUCUUGAGAAGGAAGUACCAGUCCUUUCUGAGGGGUGGCUCGCAGCAGACACAUUACAGGUUGAAGAAGCAGGCUCGGUACAUGCCAUCUCCAUUGGGAAGCAAUAAGGCUGCAGCGUUAGCCGAUCAUGGUGCAGGGGACCCAAGUGCCUUCUACCAGCAAAAACUCAAAACUUGACUUGAAUCAAGACUCUGUUCUGGCAAGUGAUGGAGUUCAUGAAUCGACAUAAAAUGUACAAGAGAAGUGUUUUUAUGGCAAUUAAAAGGGUUUUCUUGUCUGCAGAAUGAUGGCAUCCAUAAGUCGAAAAGUUUGAUCAGGUCUCAAAUUAUCAGUUUGUAGGGAUAAAGGAAACUCUCCUGCAAUUGAAGGUAAGAGGACGGUUCCAUGGCAAGACCGGCUAGCGUUGAAGGCCGAGGCCCUCAGUUGAUUUGGCCAAGAAAUAAGCUGCUUCUCUGAUAGCUGGCUUUGCAACAGUAUCCCUCAGAUGCACAGUAAUGCUUUGUAUAGAACAAUAGGACACGAUAGUUAUAUACAUGAUACAUUGCCUAAUUGACAAACUCAGAUGGUUGCACCAUGCUCCUAAGCAAGUUAGACAAAUAAACUGUGAUUUUAUGAAUGGUUCUGUCCAGAUUUUGGAUUGACUGCUUUGAACAUGCCAAAUGCUUUAGCAUGAACAAGGACAAAAAAUUUCAUAAUUGCUUUU